AUGGGAGGAGGAAUGGAAACGAACAAGAACAAGUUCAUCGAAGAUUGGGGAUCUGCGAGGGAGAAUCUCGAGCAUAAUUUCCGAUGGACCCGUCGCAACUUCGCUCUCAUCGGAAUUUUCGGCAUCGCUCUCCCGAUCAUCGUCUACAAGGGAAUCGUCAAAGAUUUCGUUUUUUGA